UCCUCCGCUCUGUGUGCCUAGCCGUUUCCUGUUUAAGGCUGUCGGCAGCGUACGGACUUACCAUGGCGGCGACAGAAAUAGCUCGACAAGCGGGAGAAGGAGUUAGAAGCCUUCCAUUGUCGGGCCAUGUGGGGUUUGACAGUAUGCCAGACCAGCUGGUCAACAAAUCUGUAAGCCAUGGGUUCUGCUUCAAUAUCUUGUGUGUGGGUGAAACUGGACUGGGAAAGUCCACCCUUAUGGAUACAUUAUUUAACACCAAAUUUGAAGGGGAGCCAAACUCGCAUAGCCAGCCAGGAGUACAAUUGAAAUCCAACAGCUAUGAGCUACAGGAGAGCAGUGUGCGCUUAAAGCUUACAGUAGUGAACACUGUAGGCUUUGGUGACCAAAUUAACAAGGAAGAAAGCUAUAAGCCGAUUGUGGAGUUCAUCGAUGCACAAUUUGAAGCCUACCUUCAAGAAGAACUGAAGAUUAAACGUACACUGCACAAUUAUCAUGACACACGCAUUCACACUUGCUUGUAUUUCAUUGCUCCCACUGGCCAUUCAUUGAAGUCUCUUGAUCUGGUCACUAUGAAGAAACUUGACAGCAAGGUUAAUAUAAUACCUAUCAUUGCAAAGUCAGAUGCAAUUUCAAAGAGUGAGCUUACAAAAUUCAAGAUCAAAAUCACUAGUGAACUUGUCAGCAAUGGCGUCCAAAUCUACCAGUUUCCCACUGAUGAUGAGACGGUAGCGGAGAUCAAUUCAACCAUGAAUGCUCAUUUACCCUUUGCUGUCAUUGGCAGCACAGAGGAGGUGAAAAUUGGAAAUAAGAUGAUGAAAGCUCGUCAGUACCCCUGGGGAACAGUGCAAGUGGAAAAUGAGAAUCAUUGUGACUUUGUGAAAUUGAGAGAGAUGUUGAUUCGUGUAAAUAUGGAAGAUCUUCGGGAGCAGACGCAUACUCGCCAUUAUGAACUAUACCGACGGUGCAAACUUGAAGAGAUGGGAUUCAAGGAUACAGACCCUGACAGUAAACCUUUCAGCCUGCAGGAAACUUAUGAAGCCAAACGAAAUGAGUUCAUGGGAGAAUUGCAGAAAAAGGAGGAGGAGAUGCGACAGAUGUUUGUUCAGCGAGUAAAAGAAAAGGAAGCUGAGUUAAAGGAAGCAGAGAAAGAGUUACAUGAAAAGUUUGACCGGUUAAAGAAAUUACAUCAGGAAGAGAAGAAGAAACUGGAAGAUAAAAAGAAGGUGCUUGACGAUGAAAUGAAUAGCUUUAAACAGAGAAAGACAGCAGCAGAACUUCUUCAGUCUCAAGCCCAACAAGCAGGUGGCUCUCAGACCCUUAAGAGGGAAAAAGAAAGGAAAAAUAAUCCUUGGCUCUGCACCGAAUAAAAGCUCCACAGCAACAUUACUAAAGGGACCAGGUUUUUGUUUUAAACUUAAACUGUCCAGGGGGCUAUGUCUGGCAUCUAGUAGCUGGAUUCUAUUAUUUGGUCUGGUAAUUUUAAGAUCCCCUAAACAUGAAGGAUAAACUAUUUUAAUAAAUACAUAAGUCAUACUAACAGAUUUUUCUACUAAUGUCUGAAAAUUGAAGCAUGGCUUUGUCAAGUUAAAGAAUUGCAUCAGCAUGUUAGCACCAGGCUUUAUUUUGAUUGUUGUUUUUUAGUAGUGCAACAAUCUAUAGAGUCUUAAGUUGUUUGUUUUUUUUUUUCUUUCUUUUUUCAACAUUUUAAUAACUUGCCUGUUACAGCUUUAAUUGAACUUUUUUGGUUGCAUGUGUUUUGAUAGAGGAAUAAUCAGAUGCCAAUGUAAUAAUGUGUUAUUAAUUAUCAGUAAAUGAAUAAAUGGAAGUUCUGAUAACAAGCAGAGUGAAAUAAUUGUAACUCUGGCCCCCCUCUAAAUAUAUAAUGAUGAAUUUAAGCAAGUUUUUGACAGACAGCUAUGAAUUUUUCUAAUAGGCUUUGCUUCUCGAGAGUCAUUUUAAUUUAGUUCAGCUGGACAGAAAUUAUGAAUGCUUAAAUAAUAAUAAUAAUAAUAAUAAUGCUAUAUAUAUAUAUAUAUAUAUAUAUUUAUAUAUCCUCUCAGUCAGAUGACUAGGCAAAGUGUCCAAAACCCUGUAAGACCAUGUAUUUUUUAUUUUUUUAUUUUUUUUGGAAAAAUUAUAAACUGUUUGUGCUAUGAAAUCAAUCAUACAAUGAUCAAUCUAUAGUUCCUUCUCAGCGGCAACCUGUUUAGUGCUAUUUUCAAAAUACUAAAAUGAAAAGUUUAAAGUAUUACACUUGAUAUAAAGAUACCCAUUACAUAAUAAAAUACAUUAAACAAGUGACAAAUCUUUAGUAUAUUUUUCAAGUGUGAAAAGACCUUAUGUGAAUUAAAGGAUUAUAAUAGUAAAUAAAUAUCGAAAAUUAAAAAUGUCUGCGUUCACAACAAAAUUCCUUUAAUUUGUUUCUUCUAGGAGAAGAUCAGAUCAGAGCUCCUUAAUUAAUGCAUGCAGAUUUAUUGCAUUAUUUUAUUUAAUUCAGUGAUGACUUCUAAACAUACUCUCGUAUUUUGAUAUAUUGUUGAGUUGCUGGUGUUUAAUAAUUUUUUAUACCUAAUCUAAAAGACUUGAAUUUUAAGACUGACUCCACUCAUUUGGCUGGACCGGAGUUUUAUUAUUUAAGGCUGUUCAAGUUUGCAGUUUGAAUUAUUUAUUUUAAAAGGCUUGACCUUUUUAAAAUACAUUAAAUUUAACAUUUAGUUUUAUUUAAACAUGUGGAACAAUUUUCAGGCGUGACAGACAGAUAUCUCUAACUAUUUCUUAUCCCUUCUUGUUAAUAUUCCCUUUGUUUCUUUUUCUUUCUCUUUCAUCCUUCU